AUGGGAAGAGUGGUUGUGGGAGUGACGGUGACGGUGGCUGUGGCGGCGUGUGCGGUGGCUGCGGUUGUGGUUGGGAGGAGAGUCAAGAGUAGGAGGAAGUGGAAGAAGGUAGGGAAUGUGUUGAAGGAGCUUGAGGAAGGUUGCGAUACGAGUGUUGGGAGGUUGAGGCAGGUGGUGGAUGCUAUGGCGGUGGAGAUGCACGCUGGUUUGGCAUCUGAAGGUGGUUCUAAGCUCAAAAUGCUUCUUACCUAUGUCGAUAAUCUUCCCAAUGGCUGUUGCUUUCGAAAUGCUGACCGUUUUGUUUCAUCACUGUCAUUUCAGAGGACUGAGAAAGGACCAUAUUAUGCGCUGCAUCUUGGGGGCACAAAUUUUAGGGUCACGAGGGUUCAUUUAAGUGGUCAACCAUCUCCUGUCUUGGAGCAUGAAGUAGAGCGACAACCCGUUCCCCCACAUCUAAUGACUAGCACAAGCGAGGAUCUCUUUGAUUUUAUCGCAUCAUCGUUAAAGGAGUUCAUUGCAAAAGAAGGAGAUGGUUCCAAUAUUUCACAGGACAGAAGGGAGCUUGGCUUCACAUUCUCCUUUCCUAUGAAACAAAUGUCUGUUUCCUCGGGGAUUUUAAUCAAGUGGACGAAAGGGUUUUCCAUUGUAGAUAUGGUAGGAAGAGAUGUUGUGGCGUGUUUGCAGGAAGCAUUUGUAAGAAAAGGCCUGGAUGUGCAUGUAGCUGCCUUGGUUAAUGAUACUGUUGGAACAUUAGCUGUUGGACACUAUCAUGAUCCUGACACUGUUGCUGCAAUAGUUAUUGGUACUGGUACUAAUGCAUGCUAUCUGGAACGAAUUGAUGCUAUUAUCAAGUGUCAGGGUCUUCUUACAACAUCAGGACGCAUGGUUGUCAAUAUGGAAUGGGGAAACUUUUGGUCGUCUCACUUACCAAGAACACCAUAUGACAUUGAGUUAGAUGCUGAAAGCCCUAAUCCAAAUGAUCAGGGUUUUGAGAAAAUGAUAUCGGGAAUGUAUCUUGGCGAUGUUGUGAGGAGAGUCAUUCUCAGGAUGUCACUGGAGUCGGAUAUGUUGUUUGGACCUAUUUCUACCAAGCUUUCAACGCCUUUCGUAUUGAGGACUCCUUUGAUGGCUGCUAUGCAUGAGGAUGAUUCACCUGACUUGAUAGAAGUAGCAAGAAUCCUCAAUGACACCUUUGAGAUUCCAGAUGUUCCAUUGAAAGCAAGAAAAAUUGUGGUGAAGGUGUGUGAUGUGGUGACUCGUAGAGCUGCUCGGUUAGCAGCUGCUGGUAUUGUUGGUAUAUUGAAGAAGAUUGGUCGCGACGGGAGUGGCGGGAUCACAGGAGGACGAAAUAGGAGUGAUGUAAAAAUGAAAAGAACAGUUGUGGCAAUCGAAGGAGGAUUAUACUCAAGCUAUACAUUGUUUAGGGAGUAUUUGCAUGAAGCUCUAAACGAAAUACUGGGGGAAGAUAUUGCAAAGCAUGUAACUCUAAAUGUCACCGAAGAUGGAUCAGGCAUUGGAGCAGCACUGCUAGCUGCAUCAUAUUCUUAA